GAUAAAGAUUGGCCUCAAAUCAUGCAUGGUGUCAAGCUCCAAAUGUGUUAUAUCUGUGCUAUUUUCUUAAUUCCAUCUGGGUAAGAGGGAUAACAAUCCUCAAUAACUAAAGAAAUAGGGCACUUGCAGCAGCUUCCUGGGAAGUGUGCAGUCUGCAUAUUUACAUACUAACGGAAAACACGUGGUUUUGAGCGUAGACCUGUUUAGAGCUAGAUAUUUUGAGAAAAUGCUGUAUCGUGUGCCCAUUUUUGGUGUUAGCUGAUGAGAUAACAAAUAACAUUUCCUCCGAAUAUUUUUGCUAAGAAAAAUACAAACUGAUUUCUAAGAAUUUUUUCCUCUCUAUAGUUUAAUUACUUUUAUAUAGUGAAAACAAUUAACGGUGUGAUACCUUGAAUGGGAAGGACUGUCUAUAUUCCAUGGAUGAAAGUUUACAUCUACAGGGAACUUUACUGGGUAAUUGAUGUGACAAAUUUCAGUGGAAUUAACUUUUGGUGUAUUUAACCAAGGUAAAAUAGCAAUAGUAUAUGCAGCAGCAUUAGUGCUGUGGCGACCAUGAACAGCAUUUUGGGUACCUUCACCGCGGUGGUGAUUCUGAGCACCGCGGUUUUCAGCACACAAAAUGUUCAACCCCAAAUCACCCAGGAGGUGAAGAACCUGACCGUGGUAGAGGAACAUAUAGUCAGUUUUGUGUGCAAAGCCUCAGGAAAUCCCCAGCCCACGUUCUACUGGGAGAAAGGCGGAAAGAAACUGAACACGAGGAGGAACCGGUUCAAAGUCUUUGACAUGCCCUUCGGCAGUGUUCUGAGAAUCGAAACAGUCAAGGCCAACGACAAUGAUUUUUUUACCUGUGUCGCCAAAAACGGAGUCGGAGAACCUGUCAGGAGCACCGGUCACCUGAAGGUCUACGGGAUCGACCGCGAAGGAAACGAGUUUCCACAAGGCUAUCCAAACAUUAUCAUCAAUCCCGAACUGAAGUCUGUGGAGAAAGAAAAGCCAGCAGUGAUGCAGUGUAAAGCGGAUGCUAAUGGUCACAAGUUCGAAAUUGAGUGGUUCAAAAAUAAUGUCCCAGUAGAGCUGGGCGAUAAUGGAAGACUGACCAUUACACGGACAGGCUCUCUGCAAAUUGCCAAGGCGCUAGAAUCUGACUAUGGGAGGUAUGAAUGUGUAGCAUCCAAUGAAUAUGGAGUGGCAUAUUCCUAUGCUGCCAUGCUCUAUGUCAGAGUCCGAAUAGUUCCACCUUAUUUCACUAUCCCACCAAAGCGAGAGGAAGUGGACCCUAACGGCAGCGUCAAUUUAACAUGUGUGGCAAUAGGGUCUCCGAUGCCAUAUGUCUUGUGGCGAGAUGGCGCCAAUCAACUGGGCGAACCUGUCAUAGGAAAAAACGUCCUUCAAUUAAAAAAUGUCACAGAGAGCAAGAACUACACGUGUGUUGCCUCAUCAAACCUGGGGAACAUCGAACAUGUGGGAGAAGUCAUCGUCCGAGCCCUAGGAACUCCUCCCAGAUAUGUAAUAGCCAAAGCUCUGAACCCCAGAACAGUUCAGGUCGUUUGGCUACCCCCAGAAAAACCAAAUGAAGUCAUACAGGGAUAUCGAGUGUUUUACACUAUGCAACCAAAUUUACCCAUAAUCCUGUGGCACAACCAGGAAGUCCAAUCAAACACUAACAGUACCAUCAUAACAAAUCUGAGUCCCAAUGACACAUACACCAUUUGUGUCCUGGCUUAUUCUGCCAAAGGGGAGGGGCCAGUGUCGCAACUCAUCACAGUCAUCACCAAUGAAGGAAUUCCGUCCCAACCUCGUAACAUUAAGCACGAGGUGACCGGACCAAACACGAUCAGCAUCUCCUGGGAGCCGCCUAUUCAGACCAGGAACCCCGUCAAGGAGUACUGGGUGUACUACAACGACACCUAUCUAAAGCAGGAAAACAAGGCGGUGGUCCCCGGAACUCAGACCAGAUACCAGCUCCAGGACCUGACCCCCAACACAGUGUACACCAUCAAGGUCUCCGCCCUCUCCGAGAAAGGGGAGGGGGCCGCCACUCGCAUCAUCCAGGCCAUCACCCACGACUUUGCCAAUGAAAUGUUGGUUCCGAGCGCCGCCCCACAAGCUGUUAGCGGAAUGCCAUACAAAGAUUCAAGAAGUAUCAAAGUCACUUGGAAACCUCCCCCGAAAGAUCAGCAAAAUGGGGAGAUUCAAGGCUAUAAGAUAUUUUUUGUGAAAAAUGAAAAGAGUCAGACUGAUCAGGAUGCAAAAAGCGUCUCAGUGGAAGCUGAGGAGAUAGUCUUGAGCGAGCUCGAGAUAUUUACCGAGUAUAAGAUCUGGGUUAUAGCCUUUACCACUGUGGGAGAUGGUCCUCGUUCUCGGCCCAUACGAGUUUGGACUAACGAAGAAGUUCCGUCUCAACCUCGUAACAUUAAGCUCGAGGUGACCGGACCAAACACGAUCAACGUCUCCAGGGAGCCGCCUAGUCAGACCAGGAAUCCCGUCAAGGAGUACUGGGUGUACUACAACGACACCUACCUAAAGCAGGAAAACAAGGCGGUGGUCCCCGGAACUCAGACCAGAUACCAGCUCCAGGACCUGACCCCCAACACAGUGUACACCAUCAAGGUCUCUGCCCUCUCCGAGAAAGGGGAGGGGGCCGCAACGCGCAUCAUCCAGGCCAUCACCGAGGACUUUGGUAUUUUCUUUGUCAUACCCUGUCUGUUUUCUAAAAUGUUGAUAAAAGACUCGAACGGUAUGAUUUUUUAGUACCCUGUACACGUUUAAAAAUCUAUUAAUAUACAUGAUUUGUUUGGCACUUGAAAUUCACAAAAAUGAGCUUUACAGUCGAUAAGCUAGGAUUAACUAUUUCUAUCUUCAACCGUAGCUGGCAUUCUGCAAAGUCAAACUGAAAACCAGCGCGUCGAUAGCAACGGUAUAUAUAGACUCUAACAACUGACAUGCGCACACAGGAUUUACCUAACCAAAAUGGAAAGUAGAGACAAACUAUUGCAGGCGAUGCUACCGAGUUCUGCUAAGGAAUAAACACAUUAAUAAUAAAAUUACCGUGACUUCCAACGGAAUAGUCAUACAUGUGUUAUAAUAAAAACAAAGAUAAGACAUUUUAAAAAUGGUUAAACAUUAAUAGUGAUAAUAUUUCAGGUAUCAAUAGAAUAGGUUCAAGGACGAUACAAAAAAUAACCUUAACACACCUAAAUAAAUUGAUUCUUCCAUUAUUCCAUUACCAAAAGGGAAAAACGCAUGGUCUCUCUUCAGCAGCAAAUAUUUACGACAUUAAUAACAAUGCACCGUCUUAAAACUGCUGAAUAAGCACAAUAUGAUAUAGCUAGUAUAAUUAAUAAAAUACAAAAAUAAUAAACAAGACAGUAGAUUCAGGGCUGUGUUUUACAAAAAAAAAAAAAACACGUAUGACUUGCGACCAAAGAACAAGGGGCAGUAAGCAUAUAUUAUCUGUCCAAUAUUUUUUAAAAUUUUCGAACAAGCUCAAUCAUUGACAUGAUUUGAUUUUUUUGUUGAUGGGAUGUUUAUUUUUUAAAAUUUUCAAACAAGCUCAAUCAUUGACAUGAUUUGAUUUUUUUGUUGAUGGGAUGUUUAUUUUUCAAUAUAUAGUCGCAAAGUUGUCACCGAUGUUUUUUUUAGUAGAGUUAUCCCUCUUUUGAUCUGAGUAAUUUUCCGGAUAUCGCGUAUUUCCUAUGAAAUGGUCACAUUCCCAACAAGAAUUUGAUAUGGCCGCAUGCAAACAACACGGUAAAAUUUUAACAUAUUAAUCAAAAUAACGAAAGAAUUUUAUUCUCAAAAUAUGUUGUUGUUGUUUGCAUGCGGCCACUGUUAAGAAAAUAAAUUAUGUUGUUUUGCGAUGGGCGAAUUUUUCGGUUCCGGUUUCGGUUUUUAUACAAAGCAGACGUAAAUUUAAACAAAAGUGAAAGUCGGACGACAGCGAUAGAUAUGAAGGCAAAAUUAUUUCAUUAACUGAUAAGAAUUUGUGAAACUAGUAUAAGACUUAAAGAUACAGCUAUGCAUUAUGAAUUUAAAUGGGGUAUUGUAAUUGAUCUGCAUUCUUAACCAUGUUUACGAGAUCGACAGCUGACCGAGCGAUCAAUAACUUGCAUUUAGACCAUUUCUAGUUUAUCUGCGAAGUUUCACGAAAUCGACUGUCUGGUUCUUUUUAGGGACCAUCUCAAAAUAGGGGUACAUUUAAUAUAGGAAUAUAUAGGAAACUGUAAUUUUCCACACUUUGAAGCAUAUCAAAAAAAUAUUACAAAAGUUUUUUUCUCAAAUUGUUAUAUAUGAUUAGUAAUAUCAUUUUCUACCUUAUAAAUAAAAGAUACUAAAUUCUACCGUCUGUUUUUUUGUGGGGGCCAUUCCGAAAUAUGAAAAUGCACCAAAUUUUGCUAUAUAUUUGUAGUAGUGAUGGCAAUUGGCCAAUUGCUAACAGGUUUACCGAUUAAUCGGUCGGAACGAUGGUAACCGGUUACAAAUUUUGUAAUCGAUUAAUCGGAUUACAAAAGUUGUAUAAAAAUUUAACACCAAGAACUAUAAACGUUCAUAAUUUAACAUUUUCAAACAUCGCUUAGAGCUUUAAUUUUUGGAUAAUUGGUUUCCUCCUAGCAUAAUUAAAGGGAAGUGUACCGGAGUUAAAGGUGCUAUUUACUGUUCUAACACCUCGAAUUGUCCUUACUGUCCACAUGCAGCUUUUUAAAUCAUGCGUGAAUGAUUAUGAAGUCGCUAUUCGGUACUAUACAUAUUCUUUCUGUCGCCCUUUUGAUGGGAAAGUCAUUGCUUUUGUACAUGAUAAUGCUAGAAAUGUAGAUGAUUCAUUCUCGAAUUCUCAAAAUCUUACAAGUCUACUUUGUAUAGACCACAUAAUACUAUGUGUAAAAGGGGCAUAAGAUGUAUACAGAAAGUUUUAAAAUUACAUUCCAUUUCUUCUGGAUAAUUUACCAUUAAUUAAACGCACAGGACUCGAGACCAUCAGCGAAGAACAACCUCCAUGCCCCCUCAAAAAAUUGUAAAGCUGAACAAUCGCAGGACUUUCUAACAGCGUUUCAAGACAAGCUGAACGAAUCGAUAAGUGAAGUGUCGAAAAAUUUAAAUUAAAAGAAAUGCAAAACUUGAUCCCCUCGAAUAGUGGUCUUAAAAUAAAGACUCAUUUCCAAAUUUCGUUGGUCUAGCCAGAAAAUGUUUAUCAAUACCAGGUUCAUCAAUGGCAUCUGAAAGGAUAUUUCCUAUGACAGGCAUCAUUGUUAUAAUAACAAACUUCGAAGCCGAUUACCAUCCGUCGUUAUAGAUCAGAUAUUAUUUUUGAACAAAACCUGAAACGAAAGAGCUGACUAAUAUGAUGAUA